AUGAGUGCGCAGGCGCAGAAUGGCCCCAGGUGGCGAAACAGCCCAUUUGGUGGCCGAGACGUGGAUACGCCUUCGCCAGGACCUCCGCCGGGACAUGCUCGGUCCAAGUCGAGCGUAAUGCAAUCACCGCUCAAUUCGCCCACAAACCACGAAGUCAGUCAUGGGCGUAACCAGUCGACGGUGGACUUCAAUCCACUAGGGCUCAGCCGAUCAGACUCGCGACGAUUACGACAAGGGUCGGUGAGGAACAGCACGCCUGCCGGUACCUUUGCGCCCACUUUCAUAAAGAGCGAGGAUCUGGAUGGUGCCGUGGAGCGAGUACGCGGGAUUGAGGGCGAGAAUGACUUCUCUGGCAAGAGAUAUGUCUGGCUGCGGGAUCCAGAUACGGCAUUUGUGCGAGGAUGGGUGGUCGAAGAGUUGCCAGGCGAUAUGCUCAAAGUACAAUGCGAUAAUGGCAGCCAGCGGGAUGUUCCUGCAGACAGUGUGGACAAGGUCAAUCCGGCCAAGUUCGACAAAGCAGACGAUAUGGCCGAGUUGACACAUCUCAACGAACCCAGUGUCGUGCACAACCUGCAGCAGCGUUACCUGGCGGACUUGAUUUACACCUAUUCCGGGUUGUUCUUGGUCACUGUCAAUCCAUACACACCACUCCCAAUUUACAGCAGAGAAUACGUGAACAUGUACAAGGGCAGAAGCCGAGAGGACACCCGGCCGCAUAUCUUUGCCAUGGCGGACGAAGCAUUCCGGAAUCUGGUCGACGAAGGCACUAACCAGUCCAUUCUGGUCACUGGAGAGUCAGGAGCUGGCAAGACUGAGAACACGAAGAAAGUGAUUCAGUACCUGGCGGCGGUUGCAACCUCGGACACGCCUCGAGGGAAGUCUGGGGGACGACAGCGCUCCAAUUUGUCCGAGCAGAUCCUUCGAGCCAACCCGAUACUGGAGGCUUUCGGAAAUGCACAGACCGUGCGAAAUCACAACUCAUCUCGAUUUGGCAAGUUUAUCAGGAUCGAGUUCAGUAGGUCGGGGCAGAUCGCUGGAGCGUAUAUUGACUGGUACCUUCUGGAGAAAAGCAGAGUGGUGCACAUCAACUCGCGAGAACGGAAUUACCAUGUCUUCUAUCAGCUGCUGCGAGGAGCAGACCAGACGAUGCGAAGGGACUUCUUGCUUGGCGAUAUGGACGUGGAGGAUUUCGAGUACACAAGACAUGGCAAUGACACUAUUUCUGGUGUGUCUGACCGCGAGGAGUGGAACUCAUUGCUGGAAGCGUUUCACAUCAUGAAUCUGUCCGAGAAGGACCAGAAGUCGGUACUGCAGACGAUCGCUGGCGUUUUACAUCUCGGAAAUAUCACCGUGAUGAAGGAGAGCCUACGAGCAGAUCAAGCAGCACUUUCACCAGAUGCCGAAGAGCCCGUUCAGCGAGUCAGUCGACUGCUAGGCAUUGCCGCAAAGGACUUCGUCAAAGCUUUGUUACAUCCACGUGUACGAGCUGGGCAUGAAUGGGUCGAGAAAGUCCAGACUCCAGAACAGGUACGACUCGGAAUCGAUGCCCUCGCUAAGGGUAUCUACGAGCGCGGCUUCGGUGACCUCGUUGAUCGCAUCAACGAGCAACUGGAUCAGACAUCUUCGGGCGCCGAUGAUACCUCGUUCAUAGGUGUGCUGGAUAUUGCUGGAUUCGAGAUUUUCGAGCAGAAUAGCUUUGAGCAGCUCUGCAUCAAUUACACGAACGAGAAGCUGCAACAAUUCUUCAAUCAUCAUAUGUUCGUCCUUGAGCAAGAAGAGUAUGCCCGCGAGCAGAUCGAGUGGAAAUUCAUCGACUUCGGGCGAGACCUCCAGCCAACAAUUGAUCUGAUCGAGCUGUCAAAUCCGAUCGGUAUCUUCUCCUGCUUGGAUGAAGACAGCGUGAUGCCGAAAGCAACAGACAAGAGCUUUACUGAGAAGCUACAUUCACUCUGGGAUCGCAACACGCCCAAGUACAAACGCUCGCUGCUCAACCAGGGCUUCAUGCUCACGCAUUACGCCGCUGAGGUCGAGUACUCCACUGACGGCUGGUUGGAAAAGAACAAGGACCCACUGAACGACAACGUGACCCGUCUAUUAGCACAUUCCUCCAACAAGCACAUCGCCAACUUGUUUGCAGACUGCAUAGAGGCAGACGACAGUGAAGGGCUCGCGAGAACUCGAGUUAAGAAGGGCUUGUUCAGAACUGUUGCACAAAAGCACAAAGAACAGCUUUCGCAGCUUAUGAAUCAGCUACACUCGACACAGCCGCAUUUCGUCCGAUGUAUCCUUCCCAACCACAAGAAGAAGCCGAAGCAAUUCAAUGCAUCGCUCGUGCUGGAUCAGCUCCGCUGCAAUGGUGUUCUCGAAGGCAUCAGGAUUGCCAGGACUGGCUUUCCGAACAGACUACCCUUCGCAGAGUUCCGCGCAAGAUACGAAGUUCUGUGCCCCCGCAUGCCCAAGGGUUAUCUAGAAGGCCAAGCUGCCUGCAAACUGAUGCUCGAAAAGCUCAACAUGGAUCGCAGUUGGUACAGAGUGGGCCUUACCAAGGUCUUCUUCCGUGCUGGCGUCCUGGCUGAGCUAGAAGAGAAGCGCGACUCUCUCAUCCGCGACAUAGUCAUUCGCUUCCAGGCACUGGCGAGAAUGUUCGUGCAAAGGCGCAUUUUCAAAAAGCAGCAGUACCGAGCAGAGGCCGCCAGAGUCAUCCAGCGUAAUUUCCAAGUCUAUUUCCAGAUGCAGCAGAAUCCAUGGUGGCAGCUCUUCGUACGCAUGAGACCUCUACUUGGCGCCACGAGGCAGUCGAAUGAAGUGAAGAAGCGUGAAGAGGAGAUCAAGAAGCUUCAAGAGCAGAUGCAAGCUGAAGAGUCCCAGCGCCUCAAGAUCGAGGAGGAGCGCCGACGGGCGGAGAACGAGAUCCUGAAGGUGCAGAAAACGCUCGAGAGCGAACGUGCCUUGGCGUUGGACAAAGAAGAGAUCUUCCGACGUUUGCAGGACCGCGAAGCCGAGCUGACUGACAAGCUGCAAGGCGCACUAGAAGAUCAAGAUCAGCUUGAAGAACAGAUGGAUCAGCUCAUGGCAGCAAGACAAACCGCCGAGCGACAAGCUGAGGAACGCAAGACUCAACUUGAGCAAGCGUCGCACAUCAUCGCCAACCUCGAGACCGAAAAAAACGACCUUGUGGACCGAAUCGCCGAACUGGACACACACCUUGCAGAAAUGGAGAAGUCCAAGACAAUGCGCAGCGAACAAGAAGAGGCACUGCAACAGGACAUCCGAAUGCUUCAGAGCCAACUGAGCCUGAAAGAACGCAAAGUCCAGGAUCUGGAGGCGAAGUUGCUGAAGAACGAUCAGGAUCUCGAAGUUAAGCUUUCCAGCACAACAAAAGAUCUUAAUACUGCCAGAAAGCAGAUCAAGGGUUUGCUCGACGAUAACAAGGCAGUCCGCCAGCAGAUGUCGGAUCUCUCAACCACAUCGACAAGCUUCGAGGAUCUCAUCAAGCGCAAAGACAGCGAGCUGGCUAUUCUCAGGACCGACUUGAGAAAGUUUCAAGACGAUCGGAAGCGUUUUGAGGAAGAGAAACAUGGCCUGACGACAAAGCACGAUUCAGUACAGAAUCGUCUUCGUCAGAUGCAGGCCGAAAUGGAAGCCAUGCGAACGCAGUGUGUUCAGCUUGAGCGAGAAGCUGCGGAUGCUAAGCGAGCUCUCGAGGAGCAGACGACCUCCAACGAGCAAGUUACGAUCCUCGAAGCACAGCUGCACGACAUCAAGGGCGAGUUCUACCAGCUCCAGACGGAUCUCAGCCGAGAGCGCCAGUCGAGGGAUGAUGUCAAGCUCAUGGCUGACACGGAAUAUGAGCAGCUGAAGCGUGACUAUGAGGCCCUCAAUGAUUCGAAGGUAACUGUUGAGAAGGAGAUGUACAGCCAGUCAGACCUGACGCGAAGGGCAACGGCUGCCCGUGAGGCUGCCGAGAAGGAUCGAAAAGAGUACCAAGCCGAGCUGCAAACACUUCGCCAGAAGUUCAUCGAGCUCCAAGAAGCCAAGAUCGAGUGCGAGGCUGCUGUCGAACGUGACCUCAAUCGCCAAGCAAAUGAGCGAUAUGCUGCCGUCCGACAAGAGCUGGAGGCCAAAAUUAGGCUAGUAGAGCAACUCGAAACUGAACGCGGUGAGCUGAGCGGCGAGGUUCAACGGCUGAAGCGUUUCAUCUCCGAGUCCGACAACUUCAAGCUACACAACGAUCAGGAGAAGCAGCGUCUGGAGCGUGAGCUGGUCACUAUCAAGGGCCGAUUGACGGCCUCCGAAAACGACAAUCGUGCGCUGCUGAAUAAGGUACAGCAGAAGAACCUGGACAUUGCUCGAUCCAACAGCAAGGUUAGCGAUACACAGCGUGGGCGCAUUGCUCAGCUCCAAACGGAGAAGACCAAGGUCGAUGAGGAGACCAAAGCUUUGCGAAGACAGCUGAAUGAUGCGCAACUCCAAAUCACGUCCCUUGAAAAGCAAAAGGAGAAAUUGCAGCUGAACCUAGAGGACAUGAACCACGAGGUUGAUCGAGAGCACAAGACCACCAGGAAUGCUGAACAGCAAUCUUCCGCAGCAAGCCUUCAACUCGCCGAAGCUAAUCGCAAGCUUGAGACGGAACGACAGCUGCGCAGUCAAGCACAGCAGAAUACGAAGACUGUUCAGUCAUCGCUUGACGCCGCGAACAACGAGCUCAGCCAGGCACACGAACAUCUCCGACUGCUACAGAAGAUCUUUGACCCAGAAAGUGCAAAGUUGCCUGCGUCGUCGCUUGAGAGCACGCUCGAUGGAGCCAAGCCUGACCUCAAGAAGACUAUCGAUCUGGCUCAGAAGCUGGAUGCGUCCGAGAACGCCUUGCGAUUGGCGACUGAUCGCUUCUCUCGUGCUGAAGCUGAGCUAGCGAAUCUACGAUCACAGCACUAUGACGAUAUGCAAGACAACGAGAAUCGUCACCAAAAUUCCAAACGUGCGCUACUCGAGGAGAUGAAUGCCAGUCAGGUCAAUGCCCGCUCAUCACCGAGUAACGUUCGCCGCGAAUGGGAGGGACGCAGGCCGUUCGCAGAGCGCGCCGCUUCUGGAACACCUGGCACCCCAAACAAUCAACGUCACAUCAGCAAAGCCAGCACAGAUUCUGCUCGCUCUGACAGAACGUCCGACACCUUGACAUAUAACAAUCGCAUGGAUUUGGCAGCCGAAUUGGAGCUGGUACAAAAUCAGCUGCAGAUGUCUGAGAUGCAGAACCGUCAUCUCCAAGCUCAGAUGGACCGGGGCAGCCCGUUGAAGAACGAGGCUUGGGACGAGAGUCCAUCCAUGCGAAGGGUACAGAAGCUAGAAAGGGAGAACUUCCGUUUGCACGAUAUGCUUGAUGACUCUGCCAAGAAGGUCUCUUCGCUUGAACAAAGCAUUCGUACUGACCAACUAUCGCUCAAGGAGGUUCAGACCAAGAGCCACGAAGAGUUGUAUGAUCUGAUUAACUCACAAGAGCAGACCAGACGUUCUCUAUUGACUUCGCACAAUGCUGCUAUCGCUCAGCUUGCAGAUGCGAAAAUGUCCUUCGACGACGUCAAGCACCAUAAGGCAUCCGUUGAAGUCGAGCUGCGAGACGCAAAGUCAGAGCUUGCCGAUAUUCAGUAUGAGCGUGAACAAGAAGCUGCGAAUCACUCCCAGCUGCUGCAGGAGUUCGCAGACCUUCAGAUUCGUCUAGACACCGAGACUUCACGUUCUGAAGACGUGACAGGCAGCAUGAACCUCUACAAGGCAAGGGCCGAUGAGUACUUCUCGAGGCUGGAGCAAGCAGAGAUUGCCGUGCUCAAAGCACAGCGCGCCGAGCAGUUCGCUAAGUCUCAGGCGAAGGAAGUCGAAGACACCUGCGCAACGAUUAUGUCGGAACGUAAACAAAUGGAUCAGCUGGUCGAGGACCUUCAACGCCAGACCCAGCAAUACGAAGAGCGUCUCGAAGAUAUCUCCACCGAUCUCGACACCGCUAUGCAGGCGAAGAAGCGUCUGCAAAACGAGCUAGAAGACUACCGCUCACAACGAGCGAUGGACAUUGAGGACAAGGAAUCUUCCAUGGAGCAGACCCGGAAGAAGUACCAAGCCGAGCUUGCAACCUUGAAUACGGAACUGGAAGUCGAGCGGGACAAUGUUAUCCAUGCGCGCGGAGAGAACGGUCGUCUGCGUGAUGAGCUUGAAGAGCUCCGUAGCAAGUGGGACGAUGAAGUGCUUAACAGCUCGGCCUGGGCAAAGGAGAAAUCUCGGUUGGAGGUUGCUCUGCAGAGCCUGUCUGAUUCCCGCGACGAAGCGACGUGCGCGCACAACGAAGCUCAGGGCAAAGUUGUCGAGCUCCUUGGACAAGUUCGUGGCCUGCGGACCAAUGUUGACGACAUCGCUGCUGAGCGUGACAUGCUCAUUAAGGAGAAGAAAGGCCUCGAAGCACGUCUCACAGAAGCUGCACAGCGCCUCGACGAUCUCUCGCAAUCUGGUUCACCUUCCAAGCGAUCUGUGGCACUGUCUGAUAAGGAAGUGCUCGAUCUCAAAUCCAAGCUCGCUCAGCAGGAAGACAUCGCAGCAGCUGCUGUUGGCAAGAUGCGCCGCGCAGAAGCUCUCGCGCAAGAGGUGCAGAAGGACAUCGCUAGUGAGCGCGAGUCGAGUGUCAGUCUGCACAAGGAGAAGGCGGCAUUGGAGAAGAGUGUCAAGGACUUGCAGUUGAAAUGCAUCGACCUCGAGACGAAGGGUUACUCCAGCGGUAGCCAGGACGUGCGUUUCCUGCAUGGUCGUAUCCAGGAGCUCGAAACUCAGCUCGAAUCCCUUGAGACAACCCGCGCGCGCGAAUCUCGCGAUGUUCGGUCCGUUGAUCGCACUGUCAAGGACCUGCAGGCCCAAAUCGAGCGCCGCGACAAAGCUGUGCAAUCGACCCAAGAAGAUCUCAACCGAUCGCGCGACAAAAUCUCGACCCUCCUCCAGACCAUCGAUGACCUUCAAGCAUCGGACUCUUCCGCACAACUAGCAUCAAAACGCGCCGAACGCGAGUUGCGGGAAGAGCGUGAAAAGAACCUUCGCCUUGAGCGAGAAAUCGAACGUCUUGGUGCCGUGAGUCGAGCUGAUCGUGAGUCAAUACGGAGAAGUGGAACGCUUGCGGCACUGUCAGAUGCCGGCGGCAGCAGAAGAGGGAGCUACUAUGGUGAGAGGAGCAGUGUCAACGGCGAGGCAGCCGGCGAGGUGAAGCUUGACGUCCCGGCAAGGAAGAGCAGUCUUAGCAAGGGUUUUUUGUAG